UCCAUCAUGCUGCCUCUUGUAUUGUAUAUAUGCUGACCUGAUCUCAGUGGCUGCUAAUCACCAAGAUCCAUCCAUGGAGCCAAUGCGAGGAAGAGCACAGACGUGGAUGCUCCUAUGGCUUGCCUUCUGCUUGCUAGAGCAUUCGUAUUCCCAGGUGUUCCCGUUCCCCAUCCCCUUCUUUACACCGCCCCACACCAAUCAACAAAACGUUGAUGCUGUAAACAAGCUGUACGUUUCACUUGGCUCGCCGGACCUCCGUGGCUGGGCUGCCACGGGAGGAGACCCCUGCGAGGAGGCGUGGCAAGGGGUGCAGUGCAUCGGUCCCAACAUAACAGCAAUAGAGCUCAGAGGCGUGGGACUGGAGGGGAAGCUGACGGAGGCACUGGGAAAGCUUACUGCCAUCACAAGAUUGGAUCUAUCGUCGAACAAUCUCAAUGGCAAGCUCCCGGAUUCAAUGGCAAUGCUUAAAUCCCUUUCAACACUGCAUGUGCAGAACAACAGGCUAACUGGGACACUUGAUAUGCUACGUGAUCUUCCCCUGAAAGACUUGAAUGUAGAGAACAAUGUUUUCUCAGGAUCAAUCCCAGAGAAGAUGCUCAAUAUCCCAAAAUUUCUAAGAAACGGCAACCAUUUCACUGAUGCACUGAUCCCCAGUUCCUCUCCGCCCACGACGCCGUCUCCUUCUCCAGCUGCACACCCUCAAAUUAAUGUAAUCCCAGAAGUUACUCCACAGGGCACUGCACACGGUUCUGGUCCCCCGAGACACAGCAUGAAGGUCUCCCCAGCUAAGGCUGCUGGAUACAGUGUCCUCGCCGCCGGUUCACUGACCAUCGCAAUUCUCGUGAUCGUGUUGGUCGUGUCAAGAAGGCGGCAGGAGAGGUCCAUUCAUGGAGGGUACCUAAGGGGAUCUGCGAUGAAGGCGCCGAGCUGGAGGAGGGACGCUACUAAGCUUGGUGCAGCUGUCAACUCUGACAAAGAACGAAUCACAGUUGCAGAGGCGAUUGUGGGAAGUCCAGGAAAUCAUACAAGGACAUCGGGUUCAUGGGCUCAUCCAUCUCUGCAGAACAACAGCAUGCCGAGUAUUGUUUCAGGCUACAGUGUUCAGGGAAGUUCAGAAGAAGGCCAAUCUCCGCGGUUUUCUUUCAGGUUCUUCACGGUUGCAUCGCUGCAACAGUGCACCAAUAGCUUCAGCGAUCAGAAUCUCAUGCGCGAAACCCGGUUCGGCAAAAUGUAUCUAGCAGAGCACCCAGAAGGCAAGUUUGCGGUGCUGAACCUUCACGACAUGGCUGUGAAAAUGGCGGUCGGCGCUUUCCUGAAGAAGGUCCAGGCCAUCGCUGGCCUUCGACACCCCAACGUCGAAGAGCUCGUGGGAUGCUGCGUCGAGCAUGGCCAGAGGCUGAUCGUCUACAGACAUUUCAGCGAGAACACACUGGACGACAUGAUUCAUGGCGACACCAACGACGGCUCCGGCGUCAGUUUCCCAUGGGAAUCUCGGAUCGCCGUGGCCCUUGAGGUCGCCAAGGCUCUCGAGUACCUCCACGACGGCGACGGAGGCGAUGUCGCCGUAGUCCACGGUCUUUUCAGGCCGGAGCACUUGCUUGUCGACGCUGAGACAAUGCGGGUGCGCGUGUCCGGGUGCGGCCUAGCCUCAUUUGCGCCGACGCCGCCGUCAGGUAGCACUUCGGAGGACUACUGGCACGACAACAACUACCCGCCGGAAGAAGCGGCGGCGGCCACAGACGAUGUGUACGGCUUUGGGGUGCUGAUGCUGCAGCUCCUGACCGGGCGCAGGCCCUAUGACGGCGCGCGGCCGAGGGAUGAGAGGCGCCUGGUGCCAUGGGCCAGCGCGCGGCUGCACGACCUGAGCACGCUGCGGAGGAUGGCCGACCCGCGGCUUGGGGGGACGCUGACACCGGUGCCGGUCAGGUCCCUGUCGCGAUUCGCGGACAUCAUCAGCAGAUGUGUGCAGCGAGAGGCAGAGUUCAGGCCGGCGAUGGCGGAUGUGGUGCAGGACCUGAGGCGCGCCAUGGAGGAGGCGCGCGCGGUGAGCGACGGUGGAGAGAUGCCUCUAGCGUGGAACUGUUCGCUCUGAUUGACAUCGAAGCCUGUACUAUUCGGAGAAAAGGGGAACUAUUCGCUCGCCUGAACUCGAUAGUUUUCUUGUAACAAUUUGGUAAAGAGGAGGCACUCUUUUCCUUACCAG